CAGGCACCCGCAUCCAGUGCAGCCCCAGCUCAGGCUCACUUGGCUGGAGACAUCUGCUACUAGAAGAUGUUCUCUUGCUGCCGGCCCACGUCUGGGGGCUCUGGCUCCCAGGAACCCCAGGGGUGCGGCUUGUUCCUAUGCUGUAGGCAGUGGCUCCAGCAUAGGUACCAAGGUGUCAGGGCGGUGAUCAGGAGGCGCCGUCAGAGCUCCACCCGGGUCGUGGGGCGCGAGCAGGACGAAGGGGUCGUCUGCCCCACAGCCUCCAGGAGCAGGGAGGUGCCCUGCGCAGCUAAUGGAGGCCAGCGCGGGCUCAGGGGUGCAGGGGCCGCGGCCGGGAAGGGGCAUCAGAUCGUCCUGACCAAGCUCACCCGGACGGAGCUGCUGGAGUACAAAGUCCGACAACUGCUGCUCGCCUUGCAGCGCAGGGACGUCAUCUACAUCUUCAGCUUUUUAGAGGAUUAUCGUACAUUCGCCACCACGGACGAGGUGCUGGACCUGCUGUUCACCGAGUGAGCACCUGCCCCUCCGCAGCCCAGGGCUGGGCCACCUGCUGCUGGGGAGGCUGGGGAUGGUGUGAGCUUCCCGGCCUCGGGCUGCUCCCCCGCCUGGAGCAGGGUCCCCCAGGGCCUAUUGAGGUCCUGGAGGGCAGCCCCGGGGCCUGGCCUGUGGCGGGUCGGCCAGAGGGGCUGUGCCUGUGCUCAGCAGCCGUCCUCCUCCCCGUGACCAGGCCUGUGCCUCCUCCCUGCCCCCCCCAUCACCAGGGUCCUGAGCGGCCUGUUUCCCCAUUGAAAGGGAGGUUUGAGAGUCCAUCGGGGGUCUGUGUCCUGGGGCAGCCAGACAGGGAAACCCCGGGACCCCCCAAGCCCACUAAGAUAUGGGCCAUGGGCCUGGCCAGAGCCCUUUCAUGCUCAAGCCUUCAGGAGGCCCCAGCAGGUGCGGGCACUUCUCCGGGAG